CCGGCAGGGCGGCCGUGAAGUCAGCUGACUUCGACGCAGGCGCGUCGGCUGGACCGAAAGUCAACAGAGCGGCAACGCACGGAGAGAAGCGAGAUCAACAUGGUUCCAAGAGUUCAGUCUCUAAGCGGCGCGGUGGCCGUGUGGCUGCUGGUGUUCUCCUCCCUGAUCCCCGCGGCGGAGGCGUACGACGCGGGCGACGCUCUGGCCCUGCUGCUGUGCACCGUCCUGAUGGUGGUGGGCUUCUGCGCCUUCCUCGGCUGGUACGCGCGGAGGCGGAACGGGCCGCUCUGAGGACGGUGGAUUUCACGCACCUAACCUCGUUGCUGUGGGCUGCCCCGUGGUGCACGGUCCCCCCCACCCCCUCCCCUUAAUCCACAGGACCAUUUGGCGCAGGCUCGGCUCUGAAACGUGCCUUUUAUUGGAUGCAUAUUCCCAAAGAUGAGCCGGGGGAAUCACGUGAAAUCCGGGGAGGGAGGCAGGAAACAUCCAGGAAGUCUGCGACACCAAAGCUGCGGUUAUAAACCGAAAGACUGUUGCCUUUCAUCCAAAGAGACUGCUGCUUUUAUAGUGUUCAGCUUAAAAGGCAUGCGCGUCUUAUUCCAAAUAUGUUUAAAAUGAUCACUGUGGUUACCUAAUGUGCUUUUGAGAUCGACAUUGAUUUGAUUGAUCCACGAGAUCACAUGACUGGACUGGGAUUGCGAAAUAGGAUCUGGAAGAUGUGAUUAUAGCUUUUGUAAGGAAUAAACUUGUCUGUUCAAACUUCUCUAAA